AUGGCACCUACCUUACUGGAGCGGAGACUACGAAGUGGUCAUCUCUCCGCCGUGGUUGAUCGCACUGGCUAUGAUAGCUCUGGGACUGACGAUACUGGUCUAUUCGGCUUGCAAGACGCUCAGGAAACGGAAGUCGGCGGUCCUGGAGAGAGUCCGGCAGAGGAAACGCUGGGGCAACGAUUGGGACAAACAUUUGCGCAAGGAUUCGAAUUUGUGACAUUAAGACUACAAUCCUGCGACGCAUAG